AUGACAGUCCCUUCCUCCCCAGGUCGACGGAAGUGUCCCGCAAUAUGGGUAAAUACGACUACUCGGUGCUGUGCCGCCACUGCGACGAGGAGACGCCGGACCCGGUCCCGUGCCAGCUGUCAGGAACCCCCCCGGAAUGGCUGAAGGGUCGCUUGGUGUACAACGGGCCGGGGCUAACCAAGGUCGGCCAGAACGAGUACCGACACGCUUUCGACGCCUCGGCCAUCCUGCAGAAGUUCGAGAUCGAGGACGGCCAGGUGAACUACAGCAGCCGCUUCAUUCGGUCCAAGACCUACGAGCAGAACCAGGCAGCGGGAGCCAUCACCAGAGCCGAAUUCGGUACCCCGGCGCCUGCUUCGAAGGGCAUGUUCUCAAGAUUCCUGGAUGCAAUGGACCCCGAGAAGAUGUUUUCCGACAACGCACUCGUGUCUGUGGUCAACAUCGGGCCACAGCACUACGCCAUGUGCGAGACGCCCUUCAUGCUGCAAGUUAACACGCAGAGCCUAGAGACAGAGGAAAGGAUCAACGUGAACAAGAAGCACGGGCUGAUGACGCAGAGCCCCCACCCCAUCAUAGCCAGCGACGGGGUCUACACGGUGGGACAGGGCGUGGGGGUGACGGGGCCCAAGUACAGCAUCCUCAGAUACCCCCUGGACGGUAAUUUGAAACAAGGAAAAAUCGUGGCAUCAGUGCCUGCCAGAUGGAGGUUGUCCCCGGCGUACAUGCACUCAAUGGCCAUGACAGAGAAUUACGCCAUCUUGAUCGAGCAGCCUCUGGCCGUGUCCCUCUCCGAGCUCUUGAGUGACAUUGUGAGCAACGCGCCUUUUAUCGAUGGGCUGAAGUGGCACAACGAACCGGUGCUCAUCCAUGUGGUCGACAGACAGACUUGGAAGCACGUGAAGACGAGAUACGUGACAGACCCGUUCUUCUUCAUGCAUGUGGCCAAUGCCUAUGAGGAAGGCGACCACAUCAUCAUGGAUAUUCCUACAUACAAGGACGCCACAAUCCUGCACAACAUGUUCAUCAGCACACUGAGAGAACAAAGGGGGAAAAAUUCUCCCGAGUUCGUGGAAUCCUUCAGGUCCGAGCUGCACCGCCUCGUGGUCCCGGUCAACACCAAGGGGAAGGAGAAGCUCAUCACACUCCAGGGAACUUCCUGCACUGCCAACUGGUCAGGCCAAGAGAUCAGGUUAACGAGCGAGAAGCUGACGGAGUUUCCAAUCGAGAACCCGUGCAUCAACCCGAACAAGAUGGCCUCCAAGCACAAGUACCUCUGGGCUAUGGGGCCUAGUCCUGAUGGCGGAGAUUCAGGAUUUGUCAUGAAGUUAGAUGUAACAUCUGGAGAGACCUGGAAGUUCUCCGAGGAGCAUAUAUACUGUGCUGCUCCAGUGUUCAUCAGCAGACCAGAUGCUGUUGAGGAAGAUGAUGGAGUAAUUCUACUACAGUGUAUAGAUUCCAUUGAUGAAAAGAAAGCUUACCUGCUGAUUCUCGACGCAGAAAAUAUGACCGAAUUGUGCAGAGCAACAGUGCAGUCUCGUGCAACAGUGCCUAUGCCGCUCCACGGACACUUCGUACCCUCAGCCAAACAGUGAAUGACUGAGAGACUAUAAUGAAAGGUGCUAACUCUUGGCCUCCAUUUUCAGAGUAGUUUGUACUUUCCAUAGUGUUUUUGUGAUCAUUGAAUGUUUUUUUUAAUAAGAUGAGAGUAUUAUAUGUGUUGUAAUGCACCGAAAAAUAGUAGAUCCUCUAUUGACCAUAAGAAGGUUGAACGAUGAGAGAUAAUAGAUUACAUAAAGGUAAUUUAUUCAUGAAUAUUAGAAUGCAUUACAAUGUUUGCCUUGUGAGAGUUUCUAUAAGCUUAAAUAAUUGCUCAAAGAGAUAUCUAAGUUCUUGGCUAGAUAAGCACAAAGAGAUGGUGCAGGUAAUAGUGAUGAUCAGAAAAUAUUACUAAAUUUUAUUGCUUUUUCUCUCUGUCCAGACCUACAUCUAAAUUUAUUCCAGGACAAACAAGUCUUUUAAAUUAUUUAACAAUAUCAAUGCUGGUCUUACUAAGUCUUGAAAGAUACAUACUUUUAAGGUAUUAUACAUCUAGCAUAACAAGAGCGUCAUAGUUCAAGGAAUAUUAAGAGUAUAUAUAUAUAUUUCUAUAUUUUUACUCUUAUCAGGAAGUAACACCUGACUGAGUAAGAUAAAAGUGAUAAAAUUAAGAUGAAUGAAACGUUUUCUGUCAACUUGGCAAGAAUGCUUUUUGUAUUCAAAUUUGUAUUUUUGUUUUUGUGAUGAUUUGCGGGAUUAUACUGCUUUCAGUGUGUGAAAUAUUUGAUAGUACUUACAAGUAUAUAUUAUGUUUGUAUUCCUGUGAGAAAGUAUAAGGUAGAGAGUUGAGUAUGCUAAUGCUUUUCACAUGUCUCCUGAUGAAUAUUUAAGAAGAAAAAAAUCAUACAUUCAGAAUGAAUUUAAAUGGACUGAUUAAUGAAAUUCUGUUUAGCUUCACUGCUCUUACAAAAUAGCAAAUGUUUUACUGAUAAUGCUGGGGCCAGUUUCAAUGAAGAGAAAUUACUUUUUUUUUUUACAAUAGCACAUAGACUAAGUGGGAUGUGUUAAGAAUGUAUUUGUAAUCUAAUUUUCCUUAAGGGGAAAGUAGGUGACUGGAUAUUUCUUGCCACAGGUAAUAUGAAGAUAAAUUUUAAGAGGACAUUUAAUUAAGAAUUUGUGAUUUAAAGAAGUGCAAGACAAAUAGUUUACAUUCACAAAUUAUUACCUUUGUGUCUUUCAGUAGAAUAAGGUCAGUUAAGAAAAGGAAGUAAGAUAAAGAGAAAAUAUAUAUAUAUAUAAUCUGUUUUGUUGCAUAUUUCUGUGUAUCUCUAUUUUGAUAAUAUCAGGAAUAAUGGAUUGCAUUUACUUUUUAAAAUGUUAUUGCUACCUAGUUGUGUGGAAUUAUGGUAAUAAAUCUUUAUAAACAAAUGCACAUUUCUGUGUUCCAGAAUUACCUUUAAUGGCCUCAUACACCUUGUGGUAUUGUAUCGAUAUUAUAUAUACAGCCUCUUCAGGGACAACGUACUUUGCCUUAAUCAUGCUAUGCUAAACUUGUUUGAAUGUGGCAGUAGUGAAGACAAAUCAUUGUUUCCAUAAUAAAUUUCAUAUAGAGGACGUUAAGCAGAGUAUACUGAGGAUUAUCAUAUUUUCAUUUAAGGAGUUGGAGGAUAUACCCCCCAAGCCUUGCUCGUUGUUGUGGGGGGAGCUAAGAGACGGAGAAUGAGGCCCAAAGUUGGGGAUCACCCCAACCCUCUAAAUUAUAGACCAGUUUUCGUGACACACAGGUCACAUGAUGAAUCAAAAAGAAUUAUACACAGAAGCCUAUAUGACUUAACACCCUCUAAGAGUGGAUGUUGCAUCAGAAUUCCAUCUAGAUGGCUUGAUGCAAAAUAAGAGUUUAAAACAAUAUUAAGAUAUUUUCCCAUGUUCAAAUAAAUUAAACAUGAAAAUUACUGAAACCAUCCUGGUGUGAACUGAUAUGAUGUGGUAGGCUGAUCGUCAUCGCUACGGAAAUUUCACCCGUGUCACGUCAGCUGGUGUUCGAACUGGGCAUCACCAAAGGCAGAGCCGUAGUCCCAUAGAGUGAAUUUAAACCUUUAUCCCUGCGCCACACUCACUAUGUACUGUAUAAUUUUCAGAUAAAUCAAGAGUACAGGUU